AUGAAGUCGGAGUGCCAUUUGUGUUAAAUGACUGUUCAAAAUCUUGCUAAGUGCACCAAAACUCGUUGUCGUAACUUUUUCUGUGAGAAAUGCAUCUAAGAGAAUUUUGAUCCUGAUUUUACCUACCAUGGUUCUUACAAAGAAGGUUGUUGGGUUUGCUACGCUUGUUAAAAUGUUUGCAAAUGCAAACUUUGCAGGGGAGAAUUGGUCAUUCACAACAAAAAGUCUCUAGCCAAGCGCAAAAACAAGCUUAUCCAAUUAUUUGACCAGCUUUCUGCAGUAGAGAAGGCAAAUUCUUUCGCUACAAACAGCCAGGGAUUAGAUAAGGAGAAAGAUUCCAGUGAAGAAUAUGUAUCUCACCCAAAUGAUUAUGAAAAGGGGACUUCUCAAGACGAAAGAGAAACAAUAAACAACUUGUUUAAAUAAAAUCUUAAGUAACCCAGAAUGUUGAACUAAAGAAUAACUAAAUAACUACCCACAUACAGCAAGGAAUACCACUCAAACAAAUUCUACAGAAGAAAAAUGUUGCUAAAAGCUAUGUGA